AUGCUGGUUUGUGUUGUAGCUGCUGGAUUCGAUGUAUCUUGUGUUACUGUCGCUGAUGCUGGCGUUGUUGUUAAUACAACUGAUGUUUUCGAUCCUGAUGAACCCGAUCCCGAUGAACCUGAUCCCGAUGUGCCUGAUCCCGAUGAACCUGAUCCCGAUGUGCCUGAUCCCGAUGAACCUGAUCCCGAUGUGCCUGAUCCUGAUGUGCCUGAUCCUGAUGUGCCUGAUCCUGAUGUGCCUGAUCCCGAUGUGCCUGAUCCUGAUGUGCCUGAUCCUGAUGUGCCUGAUCCUGAUGAGCUUGAUCCUGAUGAGCUUGAUCCUGAUGAGCUUGAUCCUGAUGAACCUGAUCCCGAUGAACCUGAUCCCGAUGAGCCUGAUCCUGAUGAGCUUGAUCCUGAUGAGCCUGGUGCACAUAAACCAUCGCUAGUGCAAAUUUCGCCGGCCUUACAGCAAGUACCGUCUCCACAAUCAACAUCAAAACUGCUACAGAUGGCGCCAUUACAUAUGUAA